AUUUCUAAGCAUUUAUUAUUUCCAUGACAUGUUUCUUGCAUGAAACCAACGAGACUUUGUUGAGCUGGAUUGAAAGGAACUGGGAGAACUGGGCUAGAGGACUUCCUACACUCAGACUCAGGCUGAAUGAGCGGCUUUGUGCCCGAGAGACAGACCCACAAACUGUUCUUUGAAUUGUUUUGCAGUUGGGGCCGGACUGAUGCACAAGCGACACUAUGUCAACUCAUAAAGCCUGAUUGAUAGAGGAGAGAGAGGCGUCAGUCUCGGCCCACUCCUUCCUCCGGGCAUUCAGGACGCUCACAGGGACGGCAGCAGGAAGACGGAGUCACCGGGUCACAGCAGGAGAGAGGGGACGCACACACCAGGGUUUACAGUGAGUCCGUGUCCUUCUGAGAUAUUCAGAUGUAUUUCAAUCCUUUCUGAUGAGGAUUAGAAGGAAUUAAAAAUAUGUAAUUUAAUGUAAAGUUAAGGGAGGAACAGUGCAGAGUGUGAAGAACAUCUGGAGACCCUGAGCGACACGCUGCAGUGGAGUUGAUGACUGGUGUGUUGUGCCCCCUGCAGGCUACAGGGAGACACUACACAUAAACAACUGGAUGGAAGCUGGAUAUAGUUACUCAAAUAUUGGAUUUAAACAUCUGUCGCGUCUACGUUUUUAUACUUAAUUGUUAUUAUUGUUGUUGUUAUUCUUCUUCAUCUUCUUCUUUUUAUUAAAUUAAAGGGAGUAGUGGCAAACAUGCAGUACCACAUCCUUAGCGAUAGGGAGCAAACGUUUUCCUAAGAUUCCAACUAGAGUGCUUGUAAAUCCCACGAAGAAGAGGAACCCGGAACAACAACAUCCUGUCAGAAGUCGCUCUGUGUGAAAAAAUGAAACUUUAAAUAAUAAAAUCAUGUAGAAGUAAAGUGAGACUCGACCCCAUGUUGCGUGUGGAGGCGCUGGAGCUGCAGCUGUGUGCGGCGAUGGAGACACUGCUGCGGGCGGCGGUGACGGAGCUCCGCAGGCUGAUGGAGGAGGAGGACCGGGCCGACCUGCGGACUGAGGCCGCCCAGCAGCGCUCUGCUCCGGCUGCAGUGAAGAGGGAGGAGGAGGUGGAGGAAGUGCAGGAGGAAGUGAGUCCACAGAGGCAGAAUGGAGACACAACGAACCAGUUUGCAGCGCUGAUGGAAACAUGGACCAAAGCUGCGGUGGAGAAAAUCCUGACGAUCCUGAAGGAGUCGACGUGUGAAGACGAGGAGGAAGAGGAGCCGAGUGAGGAGAGCAACCAGUCGAGCAUGAAGCCGCCGGCGAAAUCAACAGUCAGAAGAAAGAAGAUGGAGGGAGGACGGGAACCAGGAAUAAAGAAGAAGAAGAAGAGAGUGAAUCACAAAGCUUCACAUGAAGAGAGAAUCUGUGGAUCUCAGUUUGAACCUGACGUUUUAUUAACAGACCUCAGGUCAGAGCCGGUUCCUGAAUCGGCCCCUGAGCCGGCCUCCGAUGUCAGGGAGGACUUCACCGACGCUUCCACAUCCCAGAUCACAAAGAAGAAGACGAGUGGAUCGGUCAAGUGUCCCUCAUGUGACAAGACGUUCGCUCUGAAGUGUUUGAUGGAGAGACACCGACGCAGCCACUCCAAGCCUCACCUCUGCUCUCACUGCGGCAAAAGCUUCUCGGUGCUCGCCGGGCUCAUCGCACAUUCACGCCGUCACACCGGAGAGAAGCUGCACCGAUGCCCCGACUGCGGGACAGAGUUUGCUUACAAGUCCACCUUCGUGAGACACAUGCGUCAGCACAGCCUGAAGACAGUGGACACCCACGUGUGCACGCUGUGUGAGACCCACUUCACCGACACGCUGGCGUUUCAGCGGCACUGGUGUUGUGCCCUGAACAAGACGUUUGUCUGCUCGCUCUGUCCGGAGACUUUCCAGAGCAGACAGAGUUUGUCCGAUCACGAGAACCUUCAUUCAGGAGUCAGAGACUUCGUGUGUGAGAUGUGUGGAGAGAGUUUCCUCUCGUCCUCGUCGCUGGCGACUCACCGGGUGACUCACAUGGAGAAGGAGACCGGCUGCGACCUGCUCGGCCCCGGCUGCAGCGACCGGAGCCUCCUCACACUAAACCUGAGCAAACACGCCGGGGAGAAGCUCUUCACCUGUGAGGUCUGCGGUAAAGGCCUCAGUCACCAGAGCGCCCUGAAGCACCACAUGCUGACGCACACGGGGGAGAUGCCCUACAUCUGCGAGAUGUGCGGCAAGCGCUGCAGCCACGCCAGCGCGCUUCAGAACCACAUGAGGCUCCACACCGGGAGGAAGCCGGGGCAGCUGUCGGCCUGCAACGUGUGCGGGAAAGAGUUCCGCCGCACGACGCGACUCAAAUAUCACAUGAGCGUCCACACGGGGGAGAAGCCUUACGUCUGCGAUCAGUGCGACAAGAGGUUCAGCAACCCCAGCAACCUGAAGAUACACAUGAGGAGCCACUCCGGAGAGAAGAGGUUCGGCUGCAAUGUCUGCGGCAGGAGGUUCACUCACACCAACAGCCUGAAGGUGCACCGGCUGAUCCACAGCGGGGAGCGGCCGUACCGCUGCGGCGUCUGUGGGAAGGAGUUCAUCAACCGCAGCGACUCCAGGAGACACGAGAGGGUUCACCUGUCCGAGGGAGCCGGAGACGCUCUGUCUCCAAACACGGCUCAAUGAAAACCUGAAGCUUCUCACCAACCACUCAUCUGUAUCGUUUGUUUACACACAUGAAACUGUGAUUAUCUGUUUGUGUACGACAUCUUAAUGUGAAGAAGAAAACUGUGAGACCAGAGAAAUGUGUCGACUGUUAAAGAUUCUAAACAGACGUUUCUAUCACUAGGUUUAUUGGUCACUUUGGCCUUUUCUACUUAUACCCUCACACGCUUUAUGUCAAAAGUAUUAUAUUUGUUUUUAUAUUUGAUUUAUAUUGAGCUCUAUUUUAUAUAUUAUAUAUUUUUUAUUAUAUAUUUUUCUAUAAAAAAUGUCUCUUAUAGCUGAACCUGUUUCUUUUGUCUAACACUCUAACACUGUCGACCGUGUGUUAACUUGCACGUCACAAACUAAAUCCAUAAUUGUGUUUCAUUGUAGAUCGAUCAACGACACUGUGAGUUUCAAUGUGAAUUAUCAUAUUUACCUUAUUUUAUUCACAUUUGCAUCUCUGGAAAGUUUUCCGCCUCCAAUGUGAUCUUGAGUGUCAAUAUACUUAUGUCAAUAUAUCGUAUAACAUUACAGAACAUUAUUAUUUCUCUGAGCAAGCAAAAAAAAAUCUGUUCAUUAUUUAUAGAUUAACUAAUAAAUUAACGACCAACGACAAAUCAACUAUAAAGUGUGUUUAACAUA